AUGUCUAAAAUAUUUACUUUAAGAGUUCAAUCAUCCGAAGGUACAAAAAGAAUUGACUGGACUACAGAAGAUACAUAUAAAAAAUUAUAUGAAAAAGUUGCCGAUACAUUUUCAUUAUCAUCAUCAGAUCAUUUUAUUUUAUAUAGAGAGCAAAAUAAAAAGUCACCGAUACCCCGUUCACCAAUAAAAACAAGUUUUCGACAUGGUGAUAUAAUUUAUCUUGUUUCAGAACAAGAUAAUUUAUUCUCAAAAGAAAAUAGUUCUUCAUUAAUUAUUAAAUAUGAUAAACCAAUAGUUAAGUCAUCUUCACCAUUAAAUUUUCUUUCAAAAUUAAUUGAUAUUAAAGAAGAUGAUGUUGAUUUACAAUUAGAUAAAAUCGAUGGAAGAAUACCUCGACAACAAGAUCCACGAUUAUGUCAUCAUAAUCGGCAUGGGAAAUGUUUGAAUUGUAUACCAAUUGAACCAUAUGAUGAAGAAUAUUUAAAAAAUCAUAAUCCACCUAUUAAACAUAUGUCUUUUCAAGCGUAUAUUAGGAAAUUACAAAAUGAAACAUCCGGUGAUAGAAAUACAUUUUCUAGUUUGGCAAAUAUUAGUUGUUCUAUUAAAGAUCAAUGUUCAACAGGCCAUGCUCCAUGGCCGAAAGGUACAAGAUUGAUUUAUAUGAAUAAAAAUUAA